AUGAAAAUUCAUGAUUCCAAUUUGAUUUGGACUUUUUGCUCGAUCGGGUGUCUCAUUCAACUCUAUUCUGUGAGUCAUCAAUUUAUCAAUUUUCGAGUUAGAAAUGAGGUUGCUUUCGAUUAUCCUCCAAGAGUUGAACUUCCAGCAAUCGAUAUCAUGAUUCCAAUGGCCAUAGCGAUCAAUAUGACCGAGUUAUUUAAACGUCAUCCAUAUCAAGUGAUAUCUUUAUGUCGAUUCCUGCAAUUUAAUCAAAGUAUAAUUAUAACGGCAGAUAAUCUGAACGAGAAAUGUCCACAAUUAUCUGAAGCUCCAGUUAUUAUCUCUAAUCAUUUGGCCAAUAUAUUGACAGUUGAAGAUAUUGAAUAUCUCACCAAGGGUAUGGAUAAAAUGAUCAAUGGACUCAUAUUGACAGAAACUGGCUCUGAACUUAUAGUUGAGAAAAGAUGUAAAGUUGACCAAUUUUUCACAUCAACUGCAAUUUACUUAAGAAUCGCAUGUCAAAAUCAAUCAAAUCCAUUCACAAUCGAUGCGAGAAAAUACUUGAUAAAUGGAAAUCAUUUCGCUAUCCUGGUACAUUCUCUGGGUUCCUAUUUUGGGAUCCGAUUUACUUCACCUAAAUCUCCAUGUGAGAUUAGUCAGAAUCGCUAUUUCAUGGUAAUCCAAGAAACUGGAACUAUUGUCAUGACCACAGUUCGUUAUAAGAAAACCGUUUCCGACUCAUUAAGAUGGCCUUAUGAAACAUCAUGUCAAAAUUACAAUAAACCCUCAGCUCUUUGGAAAUGUAUUUUAACUCGAUCAACUAAAAGGAAAACAGAUCCUUAUAUACCGAAUAACGUUCUCGUCGAGUAUCAAAAAUAUCCAGGCCACUUGACCUUUAGUAAUAAAAACGAGGAAAUGACUCAAUGUGCUAAUGUUAUCGACAGGCCAGAAUGUGAAACCAUAGUUUACGAAACGGAGGGUAACGUUAACCAAGAAAAAUUUGUCUACGAUGGCGGAUACAUUUAUCUUGAAGCUCCAUUAGAUCCAACGGUUUACUAUAAAACUUAUCCAGCUUUUCCUGUUUCAGAUUAUAUAAUAUUUGUGGGAAGUAUACUGGGAAUUUGGUUCGGUGUUUCCAUCUCAGAGCGUCUUUCAAAAGGAAUUAAACUUUCAACAACCAAAACAACAAGAAUUCACAUUGAUCCAAUUGUCCUACUUGAUUACAGUUACCAUGGGGUCACUGAUCGUUUUCUUGCCAGUGCAUCUAAAUGGAGCUUUAAUUCAUUCACUUUGGAUACAUUGACCGGUGGUCAUUCACUAUCAGCCCUCCUUUUCCACCUUUUCAAUAAAUACAACUUCAUCCAGGAAUUUAAAUUAGAGAUCAUCAAUGUAUGGAAAUGCUUACGUCUCUUUGAAAAUGGUUACCAUGAUACCAAUCCUUAUCAUAAUUCAAUUCAUGCAGCUGAUGUAACCCAAGCUAUGCAUUGUUUCAUUGAGGAGGAAAAGAUUGGCCAAUAUUUAACACCCAUGGAAAAGAUGUGCUCACUACUCGCAGCAGUGACUCAUGAUCUUGACCAUCCAGGAGUAAAUCAACAUUUUCUUAUUGCAACUAAAAGUCAUCUAGCAUCGCUUUACAAUGUAAAAUCUUCUGUCCUGGAAUCGCAUCAUUGGAGGUUCGCAAUAUCAUGUUUAAAAGAAUCUGGAAUCUUUAGUCAUUUUAAUAGUGACCAAUGGUCAACAGUCCAGUUUUUAUUAAGAAGUUUAAUCUUGGCCACCGAUGUAACCCAACAGACCAACUAUUUGAAACGUUUUCGUGAAUCCCUCGAGUCUGCAACCAUCUCAAUGGCCACACCAACUGAUCGUUUAUUUGUCAUGCAAAUUGCACUUAAAUGUGCUGACCUUGGAAAUCCCUGUAGACCUUGGGUGUUGUCGAAAAAGUGGACAGCCCAAAUUUGUGAUGAAUUCUAUCGUCAAGGGGAUUACGAGAAACAAUUGAACAUGCAGGUUACACCCAUUUUUGACCGACGAACUGCAUCAGUAGCACGUAUACAAAUAGAUUUCUAUCGGAACAUUGUCUCACCAUUAUUUCAAUUAUGGGACCAGUUUUUGUGCUCGAAACUUUCCCGUCGCAUGAUGUUUAACCUUAAAUUCAACGAUUCCCAAUGGACGAAUAGCUUGGAAAAGGUUAAUGUAAAAAGGAGACACUCAUAUGAAACAAUGAAUGAGAAGAAAAGAAAAGCAAAAGAUAUAUCAAAAAGUCUUGAUGAUAUAAUGUUAAUUGAAGAGAUAUCAUUAGAUGAAUUAAAAGAAAUACCCAAAGGAUUUUGCUUGGAAGAUAAAGUAUCAUCUUCAUCAACGUCAUCACCCUCUUCGUCCUCUUCAGGCAGACCCAGACCAGAGGGACACAGAAAAUAUUCAACUGAUGAUAGUGUUGAUCAAUCAGAUGAUCAUUUUAAUCAACAUCAUCAUUACCGUGGUGACGAUAAUAAUCAUGGUAAUCAAGAUGACGAUUAUGAUGAUGGUGAAAGGAUGCAUAUUGGUAAGAAACAAUGUAUCGGUCCAAAUGGAUGCGGAACACCAAGUCCACCCUCAGAGAAACGAUGUUCACUUCCGAUAAUAUCAAUGACUGAUCCAAAAUUAGGAUCAACUUUACUGUCAACAACAUCAUCAUCAACUUCAUCUUUAACAACAAUAACAACAACAGCAGCAAAAUCUUUAUCUUCCAAUUUUUCACCAGCAAAAGUUUUUCAAUCUCAUCAAUUAUCAUCAUCAACACCAACCAAACAAACAACUAAUUGCUCAUCUUCAUCUCAUUCUCAUUCUCAUCAUCAUCACCAUUCUCGUCAUUCUCGUCACCAUCAUCACCACCACCAUCAUCCUCAUCAUCAUCAUCAUCACCAUCCACAUCAUCGUCAUUCAUCAUUGAAACAACAAUCAGCCACAACAACAACAACCACACAACCUCCACUGCCUUACAUUUCUGUUCCAGAGCCUAUCACUCAAACGGAUUGUACUUAUAUUGGUGAAGGUGGAAUCGAUCAUGAUGCUGGUGAUGAUGGUGGAUUAUCUGAUAACUCUUUAUUCAGUACUUAUAGUGGGCUACCUCGGGUUGUUGAACAAUUAAUGAAUUACGAACAAUCAAUUGACAAAGUAACCUGUUUACCUCACUCUUUUUCAGCACUGCCGCCUGGUUAUUCAACAUCAUCAUCAACAAUUACACCUUCAUAUCCAUCUCAAUCAAUUGUCGAUACUGCUCAGUAUAUGAGAGGUCGUCGAGGCUCAGCUCCUGGUUGCAUUGGAAUCUACACUGGAUGUGAACUCGCCGCUGCAACAUUGGUCUUUCUUCAUGGGACUGUCUCAGAAAACGAUGACAAUUCACUAAUAACAUCCUCUCAUCAUCCUCAUCAAUAUAAUAAUAAUAACAACAACAAUAACAACAAUAAUCAUAUUAACCAUCCUUCCUUAUCAUCUUCUCACUUUCAUCCAUCCCAUUCAUCAUCUUCACUGGUCCACCUUAAAUGUCACUCAUCAUCAUCAAUGAAUCCAUCACCAACCUCAUCAUCUCAAUCAUCACCUUCCUCAUCUCCACCACAUUCAUCUUACAGUCAUCAUCAUCAUCAACAUCAACAACAACAACAACAACAGUCAUCCCCAACAUCAACCACUAAACAACAUCAACGGCCAAGCCUGUUCUUAACCAAAAGUAAUAAUAAUAAUCAUGAAAAUAAUAAUAAAGGACAAAAGCGUCGAUCAUCAUUUCCCGUUUGUGAUAGUGGACAUUAUCUCAGUUAUUUAGCAACUGAAGGUGGAUCAACGAUUGGAGUGGGAGUUGGAAUAGGAGGAGGAGGAAAAUUAACAAAUAGGAAAAGUCCAUCAUCUUAUUUUCAUGGAACUGCCAAAUCAUCAUCACCUCGAUUGAAAGGACGAUCAUUGGAACUGUUGAUGUCCUCAUUAACUGCCAAAACUAAAUUAUUAACCAAUCAUCAAUCGUGUUCCCUUGAUUCUGCCUCUGAAUGUCGCUCAUGGCUCGUUAAAAGGGAGGAAAGGAGAGGCUCAAUUCCUCAGGAUAUUUUAAUUCACUCACUAGCCAAUUACACAUCAGCCAACGCUUUAUGAUCAACAAUAACAAUUCAAUUGAACGGAUAACGGACCCAAAGAAAAACAAGCGAGAUAAUUACAAUCAGGAAUCAAAUCAUUUUUACAGUUAAUCAACUUCUAAACACAGACACGCAACACAUACACACCUCGCAACUAAACCAUAAUUACUACAAAUUAACCUUAAAAUUUAAAGUCCAAAUUAUAAGAAAACGAAAACUUUGAUGAGCGGGAAAAAUUGAGAUUCGUCGUUACAAUAAUUAUUAUUCCCUCAACAAUUACUUUGUAUUGGUAGUAAUUAUGAUGAUCAGAAAGGCGUAAAUAAUUAUAAUGAAAGUUUUAAUAAUCAAUUGGUGAUCUUUGUGAUGAUUUAAAUCAAUUGGUUUUCAAAGGGCUUCCUUAUUUAUCUCUUACUUUUUGUCUUUCGUUUCUUUCCUUCAAUUUCAAUGAAAUUGCCAUGAACCUUUACGCCAUCCAAAUAACAACAAUUCUUUAUCAUCAUCAUCAUCAUCAUCACAAUUAUUAUCAUCAUUUGCUCAUGAUUGCCUUCAAUUCAAUUAUAACUAAACCGUAUCAGCAUCUUAAUUAUCAUCAACAAGCAAAAUUAUUGUUUCUUUGUUUUAAUUGUGUUUUCAAUUUUUCGUUCCUCUUCCAGUCUUCAUAAUUAGAAGAUGUUAAUUUAUCCUUAACUUAUCUGAAUCAGCGAAAUUAAUUGAAACAGAAAAUUAGAUUAAUUGUGAAUCAAAGUGAUCUAAUUGAUGAUAAUAAUAGAUGAUGAUGAUGAUGAGAGUAUGAUGAUGGUGAUAAUGAUUAGGAAUCUAAUGGUAAUCCUUUUGUAUUUAGAUAAAAAAAGGAAAACAUCAGCCAAAUGAUUAUGAUUAUCAUCACAAUCAAAUGUAAACUUAUUUAUUGUAAACUUAUCAUCACUUUAAUUGAUACAAUUAACUUUCACCAAUCGCUUAAUUACUGAAACAAUUAUCUCUCAAAGGUGCUCAGGUCAAUUAUAAACUUUUUUCCGCUGCCAGAGUAAAGGGAAAAGUCAACCAAUGUCAAUGUUGUUAAUUAUAAAUGUAAUAAUAUUAAUUAACUGAUAAUAAUUAUACAAUUACAAUAAUAAUAAUCAACUAACUAACUACACAAUAGUAAUAAUAAGUGAUUAAACAAUUUUCGGUUUCUUUUUAUCUUAAUCACUUUAAUUUGUACAAAGAAACAAUCAAAUCAACUUAAUAUGUUGUUGUUUUUUUUUGAUUGCUCAUCUUAAUCAAUUUUGUUAAACUUAAUUAACUAAUUAAUCCAAUUGUUUAUUUCUACCUCUUCAUCGUCAUGUACAUCACAAUUAAUUACAAAUCUAACCAAUAAUCUAAUAAUGUGUACUUAAUGGUGAUGAUGAUGUUGAUUAUGAUUAAGCUGAUUGUGAUUUGAUUUGAUCAAUCAUUUGAUUGAUGAGCACAAUAAACCAAUUGUUAAUCAGCAAUUACAAUCUGAUAACCAUAAUUGAAAAUUUUGAUAACAAUCAAAUGAUGAUCAACAAUUAUCAUUAAAAACCAAAAUCUAACCUCUUGCCCCUGAUACAAAAUUAAUUAACUAAUCAACUGACAUUUAACAAAAAUCUUUGAUUAUAAUUGAAACAAAUUUUUACUCAUUUGAAUUAAUAACAAUAAUUGUACAUUUCAAUCAACAGCUAAUGUUAAACAGCAACAACAAUUAAGAAAUACUAAUAAAAACUGUAAUAAUGGUCAUGUUAA